GGAAGAGACUCCGCGCGACGGCGGACAUGGCGGACCCGGAUGUGGAGAGCGGAGUGGGCUAAGAUCAGAUUGAUCAGAAGUUGAUCGGAGCUUAUCAGAGAGUAUCGAUCCGAUCCGCGCCCUCGUUACCGAUCAGGAGGACCGAUCCGCUCGGCGCUGCGGGGCGCGCGCGCUGCAGGAGAGAGAGAGAGGGCUGAACGCCGCGCGCGCCGGGGGGAGGAGAUGGCGGGCCGCCGGGUGGAGUGUACGUGGAAGCGACACGUGGCGGAGCAGCUGAAGCAGCGAGACCGAGUGCAGCGUCAGGCCUUCGAGGAGCUCAUACACCAGUAUAACCGGCUGCUGGAGAAGUCUGACCUGCAGGCGGUUCUGUCCGAGAGGCUGCAGACGGAGAAAUAUGAACUGCAGAACCGGCACGACGUCAGCCCAGGUGCGGAGUCUCUGCAGCAGGAAAUGGCUCAGAUACGAAUCCGACACCAAGAGGAGCUCACAGAGCUGCACAAGAAACGUGGAGAGUUGGCCCAGAGUGUGAUAGAACUGAAUAACCAGAUUCAACAGAAGGACAAAGAAAUUCAGAGCAACGAGGCCAAAAUGUUGGAGUAUCAGCAGCAGAUCGCCCAGCUGGAGGGCGAAUGCCGGGAUUUGCGGAACUCUCUGGCGGAUUUGGAGCGAGCCAAUCAGACGCUGCGGGACGAGUACGAUGCGCUCCAGAUCACGUUCAGCGCUCUGGAGGAAAAACUGCGUAAAACGACGGAGGAUAAUCAGGAGCUGGUGACGCGCUGGAUGGCAGAGAAAGCUCAGGAGGCCAACAGACUCAACGCCGAGAACGAGAAGGACUGCAGGCGCAGACAGGCUAAACUGCAGAAGGAGCUGGCCGACGCUGCCAAAGAGCCGCUGCCCAUCGAGCCGGAUGAUGACAUCGAGGUUCUUUCAGAGGAUUCUGGGAAAGGGCCCGGAGAGACGUCCCCGGGCCGAAUGCCCAGCAGAACACCGAGUAAACGUGUGUCACAGCCUCCCCCUGCUGGACUGCUGGACUCCAUUUCCAAUAUCUUCGGAAGGCGUCGCUCGCUGAAUUCCCACGGCACGUCUCCGGAGAGCGCGGACGCUCCGACUGGAGUGUGUGCGGAGGUCAGAGUGCCGUCCACCGCGCUGCAUGUCUUCGACGCCCACGACGGCGAGGUGAACGCAGUGAGGUUCAGUCCUGGAUCCCGUCUCCUAGCGACAGGAGGGAUGGACCGCAGGGUGAAGCUGUGGGAGGUGGUAGCAGGUCGCUGUGAACCCAAGGGGGCGCUAACGGGCAGCAACGCUGGAAUCACCAGCAUUGAGUUUGACAGCGCAGGUUCUUACCUGCUGGCGGCAUCCAACGACUUCGCAAGUAGAAUCUGGACCGUGGACGACUACAGACUGAGGCACACCCUGACCGGCCACAGUGGGAAAGUUCUGUCCGCUCGGUUCCUGCUCGAUAACGCCCGCAUUGUCUCCGGCAGCUACGACCGGACGCUCAAACUGUGGGACCUGCGCAGCAAAGUCUGUAUGAAGACGGUGUUUGCAGGUUCUAGCUGUAAUGACAUCGUCUGCACAGAGCAGUGUGUGAUGAGCGGUCACUUUGAUAAGAAGGUUCGCUUCUGGGACAUCAGGUCUGAGAGUAUAGUGUGUGAGCUGGAGCUGUUGGGCCGUGUUACGUCUUUAGACCUGAAUCAUGAUCGAACGGAGCUGCUCACCUGUUCCCGUGACGACCUGGUGAAGAUUAUUGAUCUUCGCAACAACGCUGUGCGACAGACCUUCAGCGCUCAGGGCUUCAAGUGUGGCUCUGACUUCACCAGAGUUACCUUCAGCCCUGAUGGGAGUUACGUAGCCGCGGGUUCUGCAGACGGUGUCCUGUACGUGUGGAACGUUCUGACCGGGAAACUAGACAAGACCCUGGACAAAGCCCACAGCUCUGCUAUUAACUCUGUGUCGUGGUCUCCGUCGGGCACCUACGUGGUCAGCGUGGAGAAGGGCAGCAGGGGGGUGCUCUGGUCCGACAUGUGAUUGGUCUGUCUCUGCCCUGGCUCGAUGUGAUUGGAUGAAGCGGUCUAUUAAAGGACAAAGCGGAGAGAGGGCUGACGCACUUUCUUUUCUGGCACUUGGACUGUGUUUCCCAGGAUGCAACACGGCGGACAGGGGGGGGCUGGGGGUGGGGCUGGGAAAAGGGGCGGGGUUUACAGCCUUAUACCCCCACCUAUAACCGCAUUCAUAUCAGCACUCCUGUUAUCUCUUCCUCUCUUUCACACACGCGUUUAUCAGGAGGUGACUGGACGUCUGAAGCACCGGUUUCCGCGAUGUUAUUUAAAGCGGUCGUUAGUUUGCUUUUCGUUCUUCUUGCCUUACGUAUUAAAGCGAGUGAGUCGGGUGCAGAUUCUGCCACUAGAGAGCGCCGUUCGCUCAUCAGCUCAUCCACUCUGCAGCUGACCCGCUCACUGCUGAUUGGCUGAGUGGGUAGGUAAAGCCCCGCCUCCUCUAUUGCAUCUAUGGAAAAUAUAAAUAUAAAUGGAAAAAAAUGUAACUAUUUAAAGAAAAAAAUCCUUAAUAUUUUAAAAAGAACAGACAGUUAAAGGACUAGUUCACCAAAAAAUCAAAUUUGCACUCAAUGUCCCUUAUUCCAAAUGUAGUUGACCAAGGCACUUUCAGUGUCUGCAAGGCUGAUAUAAUAAAGAUCUGUGUCACCGAAAGAUUUUGGGUGACAUAGACUUCCAUUGCAUACUAGCUACAUUAGCCUCGUUGCUCAAGUGCUAAAACUACCGAAGCAAAUUUCUCGCGCCAAACUUGUCUCGGCUGAUCGACUGCUUUUCAGAUAAAGGGGAUUUUGUGUACAUUUGGUUCUUCGGUGAACUUUUCCUUUAAACUAAACAUCGAAUUCCUUUAAAUCUGCUAAUGAGUUUUAGCAUCAGUGGAUAAUUGCAGCCCGGAGUGUCCAAUAGGAAUGUCCGUAUCAUGUUUUGAGUUUUAAAGACUAUCUGUAGCCUGAAGCAGCGAGACUGCAGCACACAGAAGAGUUAAAGGGGAAUUCCACUAAAAUAUGAUGCUAACUGCUAUCAGCGAAGCUAACACUGCGCUUGUGGCUGAGCUGCAGCACCAUUACAUCACACGGACACACUGCUCAGUUGAUGUGUAUGGAAAAUGAAGGGGGUUUGUUUUAAGGCCCGACCGAUAAAUCGUUUGGCCGAUAAUGACGACCGAUAUUGAUGAUUUCGUGUGAUGUGUCGUUUGAGGCUGCGAGUUUCUGCUGUUUGUGUUUGGACCGACAGUCAUAUCAGUCAGGAAAGCACUAAUCAGCCAAAAAUAUGAAGAGUUUUAUCAGUUAUUGGAACGGUCAGGUCCCAGUUUAUCAUUGGAAACAAUGCUGCCGGAAAAACGCCAAGAUGUUAUAUCAUUACUUGUAUUAUCGCACCUGUGAAUCUACAAGACUGUUGAAUUUUGGUGGACUUCCCCUUUAAGCCUUGCCCAGAUUGAAUUUUGACAGCAGUGUCAAGUUCAGUAAUAACGAUACACUAAAUAACACUGUAUUCUUCCCAGAAAUAAUGGUUAAUAUGAAUAUUACAGUUUACAAAUACAAGUGCAAACCCAAAA